CAACGUCCAGUCGUGAUUUGAUUGUUGCUGUGUUAAGUCGUGUUGCCAUUAACAGUAUCUUUUGCCGUCGGCACACUUGACUGUUGUGUAUAACAGAAAUUUAAAAAAGAAAAAAAAAUAUAGACAAAAAGAAUUAAACAGAGAAAAGCAAAAUAAUUGCAAUUGAAUUGUUCAAAUUAUUAAGAAAUUAUACCUAUUGUGUAGUGACAAUAAAAUCGUUAUUGUUUAGAAAAAAAGAAAUAAAGUGAAGUGAAAAACCUUGAAAGGCAUUGGAAAUUAUUAAGAUUUUCCAAGGCAUCCUAAAUACAAUACGACAUAAAAUUGUAACAUUAAUUUAAUUACGUCAAGUAAUUGAAUUGCUUCUUCAUAUCAUCUCACCAAAAGGAAUAGAACCAAAAAAGGCUUAACAUGUCUGCAAAUAAGGCGAAAGACAACAAAGGCACUACUAAUCAUACUAUUAAUGAGGAUAAAUUGGAUACUAACGUUUCGAUCGAUAUGGAGGCUCCGGAAUUCCGUGAUUUUGCCAAAUCAAUGGUUGACUAUAUUGCUGAAUAUUUGGAGAACAUUAGGGACCGUCGUGUUUUGGCCGAUGUUAAACCAGGCUAUUUGCGACCCCUUAUUCCUGAUGCGGCUCCCGAGAAACCAGAUACUUGGCAAGAGGUUAUGAGUGACAUAGAAAGGGUCAUCAUGCCAGGAGUAACUCAUUGGCAUAGCCCUAAGUUCCAUGCCUAUUUCCCCACAGCCAAUUCCUAUCCAGCCAUAGUGGCUGAUAUGUUAAGUGGUGCUAUUGCCUGUAUAGGCUUCUCUUGGAUUGCCAGUCCUGCCUGUACAGAAUUGGAGGUGGUCAUGUUAGAUUGGUUGGGUAAAAUGAUUGGUUUGCCCAAAGAAUUUCUGGCUUGUUCAGGAGGAAAAGGUGGUGGCGUCAUCCAGGGAACAGCCAGUGAGGCCACUUUGGUUGGUUUGUUGGGUGCCAAGGCUAAGAAAAUUCAACAAGUAAAAAAGCAACAUCCAGACUGGACUGAUGACAUGAUUGUAUCCAAAUUGGUGGGCUACAAUUCGGCACAGGCCCAUUCUUCAGUGGAAAGAGCUGGACUUUUGGGUGGUGUAAAAAUGCAUUCAGUGCAAGCCGAUGAGAAAAAUAGCUUGAGGGGAGAGGCUUUGGAAGCAGCUAUUAAAGAAGAUUUGGAAAAGGGUUUAAUACCCUUCUAUGCUGUGAUUACCUUGGGCACUACCAACAGCUGUGCUUUCGAUCGUUUGGAUGAGUGUGGUGCUGUUUGUAAUAAGUACAAUGUCUGGGCCCAUGUUGAUGCUGCCUAUGCCGGCUCGGCCUUCAUUUGCCCCGAAUAUCGCCAUCUCAUGAAGGGCAUUGAAACCGCCGAUUCCUUCAAUUUCAAUCCUCACAAAUGGAUGUUGGUUAAUUUCGAUUGCAGUGCCAUGUGGUUGAAGGAUCCCACCUGGUUGGUGAAUGCUUUCAACGUUGAUCCCUUGUAUUUGAGACACGAAAUGCAAGGUUCCGCUCCCGACUACAGGCAUUGGCAGAUUCCUUUGGGUCGCCGUUUCAGAGCUCUGAAACUGUGGUUUGUCUUGCGUCUCUAUGGUGUGGAAAAUCUUCAGGCCCACAUUAGACGCCACUGCAAAUUUGCCCAAGAAUUUGCCGCCCUAUGCCGAGCCGAUGAUCGUUUUGAGAUUGUUGGCGAUGUAAACAUGGGUUUGGUGUGCUUCCGUUUAAAGGGGGCCAAUGAGCUAAGCGAAAAUUUAUUGAAACUUAUCAAUGGUCGUGGCAAUAUCCAUAUGGUUCCCUCUAAAAUCCGUGAUGUUUACUUCAUUCGCAUGGCCUUGUGCUCAAGGUUUACCAAAUCCGAAGAUAUGGUCUACUCAUGGAAUGAAGUCAGUGCUGCUGCCGAUGAAAUGUUGAAAAAGUAAAGUAUGAAAGAGGAACUUAAAGGAUGUGUGACAGUAUUUUAAUGCAUAUUUAACGCAAAUGAAUAACUACUUAAUUACGACCAACUGGGACCAUUGAUCAUUGCAACAUAUUUAGGGAAUAACAUGUGCUUCAUGUUCGUUUUAUUUUUGUCUCAU